CGUGGAAGCCAGACGUGCACAGCCGGUCCGUGCGAUGAUUGACCAGCCCUGGGAUCCGAAGAGGCCACUGGAAGGUCCCCAGGGGCAAGUCCAGUUGCGCUGCGUCCUUCCCGACGGUGCAGGACCGUCAGCGCCACGCGGAGCCACGCGGAGAGGGGCGGCAGCGCGGCGUCCACCCGGCACCCGAGCCGCCGGGAGCUGGCGCUGCUCAGCUCUGCCGCGGACCUCUGCGGCCAGGCGCGCUCGGGCACCGCACUGCGCCGCGCACAGCAGCAGGCCCGCUUCCCAGGUGACCCCAAGUGUGAUACUCUGGGCGUGUGCAGCACCCCAACCUCCUUUCCCUUCCACAAACCCCUCCCUUUGCUCUCCGCUCCUCAGUUUCGCGGUAAGAAGCUCCUGGAGUCGGGGUUCACCAAAUUGGCCAGGGAAAAGUCGAAGGCGAAAGCGACUGUGGGGCGCCCACCCAGCCUCGGACGAGGGUGCAGCGGUCCCUGGUGCAGCGCGAGCAAGAGGAGACCUCGGGCUUGCAGGGGGCCGAUGCCGAGGAGCAGAGGUAGGGAGCUGGACCCGCGGAGAACCACAGAAAAACGCCACACAGUUGUGCCAAGGACAAACCCUGGGUACCCUCGCCCGGGGCUGGAGCGCAGGGCGCUGGUGCUCCUCUAACUGGGCGGACGCUGUGCUCCCGCGAGAAGAUCUCUCCCAAGGCUACAAUCAAGAUGGUGGCUAAGACUAAGGUCUCCUCUGAGGCUCACCUGGGGCAGGAUCUGCUUCUAAGCUCGGAUGGCUGUGAGUGGGAUUUGGUUCCUUGUGGGU